AUGCUUAUUAUUGAGGAGGCUGAUGACCGAUCGGCGAGUGUGAACGUGAUAAGUGAUUAUGUGAUGUGCUUCGGCGAAGGUGAAGUUGGGGUGUUCUUCGGUUUAUUUGGUGCUCUAUUUCAUCAUCAUCAUCAUCAUAAUCAUUAUCAUUAUCAUCUUCUUCGCCAACAACCUUUUUGCUUUGCUGUUGCCCGCCCGAGAUCAACGAGUGUGGAUUUUAUCAUCUUCACUACUAUUCUCUACUAUGCAUGUAAUGCAGCAAGUAAUAUGUAUGUAAAUAGUAUCAUCCGUAUCAAAGAUGACGGUGCGUGUUCUGUUCGUGUGGUGCUCAUCAUCAUCAUCAUCAUCAUCAUCUUCUUCUUCUUCGUCUUCUUACGACAUCGGACUCCUCUCUGCACUGCAACUCGCUCGCUCGCUCGCGUACUCGACCUCUCCUUCUGGCAGUUUGGCAUUCUUUGGUUUUAUUAUGAUGGCUGGCUGGCUCUUACCUCUCUGGCUGGUUCUUAA